CAGCGAGCGACGUACGGUCAAUCGAUCAUGGACCUGGUACUUUCCGAUGAUGUGGUUGAAGUCGAAGACCGGUAUUUGCAUACUUUCAAGCGGAAAUCUGGUGGUGACUUAGUCAGCGAUCACACAUUGACUGGAAUGAACACUGGCGAGUAUUAUCGAGUUAGUACGUUGAAACGGAUCGCGAUUGCGGCUGGACGGGUUAUUGGAAUCACCAAAACGACCAUUAAGAUGAGCUUGGAGAGGGAUUUGACCAAACGAUACAAAGACGAAUCGUUCAUUUUGGACAGAAAUGACUCGCAGACAUUCACCAAAUUUAAUUUGGCCACCAUCGGCGCAUUAUUGGAUGAUCGUGAUAGUACUCGUCGGCUGAGGAGCAUCAUCAUCGAUCGCAUGCAACCGACAUUCUCGAAAACUUUACCGAAAAUCAUCGCAACCGACGGAAAACGAGUAUUGCAGAAAUUGAACAUCAUCCAACAGGAAGCCGUUUUGAAGGCACUGACCGUAAACGAGUAUCUACUUUUGAAAGGACUACCCGGAAUGUCUUAA